AUGAACGACUCCAACAAAAAUGACUCCUGCCUCAACGGCUCCUUAACUUUCGAGUUCGAUAUUGAAGAUGAUGACGAAUGGUACCAGGCCACCUGCGAUGCUCUGGGGGAACAAGAUGAUAGACUUAUGGAAACGGCCGAUAUAUCAACCCAGGGACCACUGGAGGGAAGGCUCGACGGAAAAAUGAGCCCCCGAAAUACGGCAGAAGUCAGCACUCCCUCUGACCCCGCAGGCGGCUAUAACGCAGGCAGCUAUAACGCAAGCACGGACGAGCGGGGAAACUUUACCAGCGUCACUGUGGCAACCUUUUGGGACCGCUACGUGAUCCCCACUGUAAGCGAUCUGCUUCUGUACGCCGAAAAUGACAUCAGACAGUUCUUCGAUGUUGUUUCAAAUUCUCUCUCCAAGGAAACUCUGGGACUAGAUACUGCGGUCAUCUGCAUACUCAGCGCAUUCCAAUGGAACCCGGAAGUAGCCAUAGAAGCCCUGCUCACUGACCCCUCAGCCACUCUCAAGAAAGCCGGAUAUGUCAAACAAAAGGUGGAGCCUACAGACCCAGAUUUAGAACCAAACAUUUGUCCCAUUCUUUACAUCCCUUGCAAUCUCUUUGAGACCAUCCCCUUAUGCGGUCACCGCAUAUCCACCACAGCGUGGAAGAAGUAUUUGGAGAGUAUGUUGUCUGACAAUCGGACGACUUUCUCCGUGAAGUGUAUGUUCUGUGCUUCCCCUUUAAGUCAAGAGUUCAUUGAGCGCCUGCUGGCUGAAGACCAGGUGGCGAAAUGGCGGGAGCGUGUGGUGGAAGAUAUGGUCACUAAGUGUGGUUGGGCCAAGUACUGUUCAGGGAAGGACUGCGAGGGUCUCCUGGUCCACAGCCGGAAGCGCAAGUACCCGCGGGGUGUAGUGUUGCCGGCGGCGGACAAGCGGAAGGUCGUCGAGGAAGAAGUAGAGGAGGAAGUAGAGGAGACAUCUUCGUUGGUGCGGCGGAACUUCGCACAGCAAGAGAGGAGUGUGGCAGGGCGGUUGUCUCAGGUGCUGGCUCGCAAUGGGGAUGUGGGCGAGACUGGUGGGGCCGAGGGGGAGCACGUGGGGGACGGGAGCCAGGAGGCAGCGGGGGUUGACGAAACAGCCGUCGUAGCUACAGCGGGGGUCGAGGCCGAAACUGCGGGCUUGGCAGAUACGGAGCCGUGCGAAGCCGACAGCGAGUUGACCGGAGCCGACAGCCAGUUGGCCGGAGACGGGUUGGCGGUUCGGCGGAAGGACUACACGUUAGGUGAGGGGGCCCAGUGUGAGUUGUGCGGGACGGUGAUGUGCUUUGUAUGCGGUGAAGAAGACCACCGCCCCGUACCUUGCGAGAUGAUGCUGGACUGGCAGCGGCGGAAUCAGGAAGACUGUCCGAACAUUUUAUGGGUGUUGAUCAACGCUAAGAAUUGCCCCCAGUGCCGUCAUCCGAUCGAGAAGAACCAGGGCUGCAUGCACAUGACCUGUCGCUGCGGUCACCAGUUCUGCUGGCUAUGUUUGGGGGACUGGAGCAUGCACAAGGACAACUUCCGCUGCAAUUUUUACGAAGAAGAAAUGAAGGUGCCGGAAAAUCAACUGGCUGCGAAACAAAAGAAGGAAUUACAAGACCGAGCUAGCAAGAGCCUUAACAAACUAACGCACCAUUUCGAACGUUAUGUCUCACACAAAAAUGGAGCCACUCACGCGCACAAAUCAAUCAUCUUGGAACUGAAUAACAUGGAACGAGCCUGCAAAGAAGCAGGCCUGCAGAACAAAUCGAACGCGGACAUCCUCUACCUUACAAGCAGCACCAUGACCCCCCAAGGCACGGCCGUGUUUGGACCGGAUACCGUUAGACCAGAUACCGUUAGACCAGAUACCGUUAGACCGGAUACCGUUAGACCAGAUACCGUUAGACCGGAUGCUGGUAAAAGACUGGGCACGACAUCCGUUGACACUACAGGACAGACAGCUGAGCUGGGUCAGGUUGUACCAUUCCCAUUCUUUGAAAAGAUGAGGAAUGCUGCCGAACAAAUUAUCAGAGGACGUCGAGCCCUCUGCUACUCCUAUGUAUUUGGCUUCUAUGCUUGCUGGGGCUCCAGCGUUAACGAGAAGUUUCUUUUUGAAGAUCAACAAGGGCAGAUGGAACGAUAUCUGGACAAACUACAAGAGCUUGCCGAGUCUUAUGAAUUUACUGUAGGACUGCCGUUCGAGAAGUACGACGGCUACCUAAUGGACAUAACACACUUAACGCGCGUCGUCUCCGUAUUCUUUGACAGGAUGGUGGAAGCUUUUUCAGACGAGCUAGUGGUCAAAUUUGGUCCCACCUUGAAAGAGCUAGUGAACCAGCAGAGUUAG